AUGGCAUCCAACGACAAUUUCUCUCUAAUGGUGAUCGGAUUUUUAAUAUUUUACGGUUUUAUCUUCGUCAUCUCACUUGUGGGUAACAUAUGGGUUUUGGUGACAUGUUAUCGGAACUUGUACCGAAAUCGGUUUUCACCGAUGUGGUACGUGGCAAAUUUAGCAUCUGCGGAUCUCCUUUUCACUUUUCUCACUCCUUUCCACGCCAUUAAUUUUAGUUGGCGUUGGGUCGGCGGUGACGUAAUUUGCAAACUUCACGCAUUUCUUUUCGACACGAGCUACAAUACUUCAAUCACAACCCUUGUGGUUAUAGCUUACCUAAGACUCAAAGCUAUCACAGAUCCUUUCAAUUCUAGAAGCCAAAACUUUUCCAACAAGGAAUACAUUAAACUCGUUUUAAUCUGGUGUAUGUGCUUGGUAAUUUCCUCACCUACAGCAAGUAUGAACAAGGUUGAAACCAAUGAGGAUGGAAAACUGAUUUGCACCAACACCUCUUGGGGAAGCACUGGCAGGGAAAUAUACUACACCGUACACGCGAUACUUUUCUUCAUAAUUCCAUUGAUCUAUAUGAUUGCAACGCAACGAAAGAUAUUCCGCUCUCUUCGAGCGAACGCUAUUCCAAUGUGCAACUCGCACAUCAUC